AUGGUAGCCAUUCCUGCAGUGAUCCAGGCAGGCUCAGAGGCUAAGCUUUAUGCCAGCCUUCUGCUGCCUAACGAGACCCUGGUAAUGACCAUAUCUCUGAUUGCCGAUGGACAGAACAAAAGUAUUCUCCAAGAGAGUUCUGACCAAAAGUUUCACCACUGCUUCCAGUUUCAGGUCAGCCCAGGUCGACAUCCAGAACCAUUCCAAUAAGAGUUUACUGUCCUUCUUAGCUUUGUGAUGCAUCUCUUAAUUUUUGUGCAAUGCCAUCUUAUUUGUUGGGAAAUAUCAAUGUGGUGGCCUACCAUAACUUUUCGGGAUUCAAGCUGAAAUUUUACAUAAAAAAAGAUGACAUCAACUACUAAAGAAAAAGCAUUUUUAAAACACACUGAUGAAAGGAGAAGUGAUUGAAUCUUCACAACCUUGAUGUUGUUAGCAGCACGUUCUUACCAACUAAGCUACACUGGAUCAUAUGUUAUUGGUUUGUUUUCUCCCUGACAGGCCCCUCAUGUGGAGAGUGACGAAGUGCCAACAUUUAAGGUGGAGGUUUCAAGGUGA